AUGAGACGAUUUCGACUAGCCCUUGCUUCUUGCCUAAUUGGCCCCCUAAUCGUCUCAGCAAAAGCUGACCCAAAGUACAAUGCUUCUCUUCCGUUUCGACCAAGUAAUGUGACAGGACUAAGUGAUAUCUACCUCUGGGUUGGAUCUUAUUACAAUGCCACCACGAAGAGAAGCUUCACUCCCGAGAUCGGAUCGACAGUCAACGCGUCAGUAUGCAAAGAUCUGCAAGGCAAGACGUUCACCACAGAGUUCCAAUCCUUCCUCUCUAUCACCGAGAGACGUCCUUACAAUCUUGGCUCAAACCCAGUCAACACACUUUUGACUCUCUGGAACUCGGGCACAAAUCUGUCACUCCCAAGCUCGAUAGACUCGCUUCCUUGGUCAUCAUUCUCGCUGCGAUGGUUUCUCGAGUCUGCCCCUAGCUGGGUAAUUCAUGCCAAGAACACCACGACUGAGAGCGACGCGCCCACUAGUUCUUUUGUCAAUGAUGUCUUCAACUUGACCUUAUCCUUGAGCGCUAAAGGGGGUCCAUACAACCUGACAGGAAUCAUCAAGGACGCAGGUACAAUGAUAGAGUCUUUCGACAUGGAUCUGAAACCCUGCAACUCUUCGUUCGAGAGCGGCCAGAGCUACGCAUUGCUCAUUGACCGCGAUUAUGGACUCAACACUGCCGGUUGGAAUUGGAAAUAUCCAAAGGUUGACAUGCAAUUUGACAGCCAGACUGCCAACCUGACCGUGGAUGGGUAUGCCGCUGCCUUUCCAUAUCGAAAUUCAAUUACUGGAUAUGGCCAAAAUAACCUAGUGAACUCGGAUGAGGUUCAAGGAAAGAUAAAGAUUUCGUUCUUUGGGGCUAUCGACCCUUACCAUUCGGAUACGCUGGUCAACACGAGCACAAUACCUACUUGGCUUAGAACGGUGGGCUUUGGGAAUAAUUCCAUGAACAUCGGCCACAAUAGCGGGGCUCCUGGCCGGUCUCGUCUAUCUAAUUGGAGUACUGCAACAGUCUUUGCUAUUAUUUCCUCGGCUUGGAUUUACCUAUGA